AUGAUAGACCUCACCCCACACCAAUCCGUCCUCCCCAACCUCCGCGACAUCGGCAACAUCCCCAUCCCACCACCACCACAAACAUCACCAACAACCUCAAAAACCACCACCCGCCCUGGCCUUCUCUACCGCUCCGCUGCCCCAACCCCCGGCGCCGUCCCGUCCCUCCAGUCCCUCCACAUCACCCACGUAUUCGACCUCCGCUCCGACGUCGAAGUCACCCGACAAGGCGGCCCCUCCGCCGCCGACGCCUGCUCCCAAUCCCCUCCCUCUCUCACACGAAUACACGUCCCCGUCUUCAAACUCGUCGACUACACGCCCGAGGCCAUAGCCCUCCGGUACCAGGACUACGCGGCCGUCGACACCACUGCCGGCUUCGUCUCCGCCUACAGAGGGAUACUCAGUGCAGGUGGCGAGCGCGCAUUCGCCCCGAUACUACGACAUCUUGCGCAGGAGAACCCCACGCCGUGUCUGGUGCAUUGCACGGCGGGUAAGGAUCGGACGGGUCUGAUAUGCGCUAUCGUGCUGUCGUUGUGUGGUGUGGAUGAUGACACGAUUGCGUGGGAGUAUGGGCUUACGGAGGAUGGGUUGGCGCCGCUGAAGAAGGGUAUUAUGGAGAGGUUGAUGAGUGCGGAGAAGGUGACGGUUGAUGAGGCCGGUGCGUGGAGGAUGUUGAGUUCAAGACCUGAGAGCAUGCUUGCUACUCUCAAGGUAAUGAGGGAGGAGUACGGCUCGAUAGAAGAGUACGUGUUGAACCAGUGCAAAAUAUCUCCCCAUGAUAUUGCACAAUUGCGACGAAACUUCAUUGUUGAGGCGCAGAACGGACAUGAUGAUGCCUCGAGGCCUGUUUUAUGA